CAUCAUCUCCACCUUCUUCUCCUUCUUGUCCAGCUUCCCCGACCAGACCGGCCAACGAGCCGCCGCGUGCUGCAGUCCUGUUCGGUGCCAGUUGCUGGCCGAUUGAUCCCAUAGACCUGUGCAGCGUUCAUCGUGUUGUUAUUGUUCACCGAUGCUGCGGAAGGGCAGACGGGAGCUGUAAACGCCGUGGAAGUGAGGAUGGAUCCAGCGUGAGAGUCUGACAGCACAACUCCCACCUUGCAUCUCGCCCCAGGUGCCGUUGCCAUGGCGACCUGCGUGCAGGGCUGCGCACCAGCUGUGCGCUUCUGCCAGAGGCUCAACCGGCUGAAGACUCUGGACGAGGACAUGAUGGCAACGUCUUUGAAGCGUUGCUUGUCCACCGUGGACCUGGCGCUGCUGGGUGUGGGCGGCAUGGUAGGGUCAGGGCUCUACGUCCUCACGGGCACCGUGGCCAAGGACACGGCGGGCCCCGCUGUGGUGCUCUCCUUCCUCAUCGCCGGCGUGGCCUCCCUCAUGGCAGCCCUCUGCUAUGCCGAGUUCGGGGCCCGUGUGCCCAAGACCGGUUCGGCCUACAUGUUCACGUACGUCUCCGUGGGCGAGAUCUGGGCCUUCCUGAUUGGCUGGAACGUCGUCCUAGAGUACAUGAUUGGCGGCGCCGCCGUGGCCCGUGCCUGGAGCGGCUAUCUGGACUCCAUCUUCAACCACACCAUCCAGAACUUCACGGAGACCUACAUCAUGCGUUGGGACGUACCCUUCAUCGCUCACUACCCCGACCUUCUGGCGGCCGGGAUCCUGCUCGUCGCCACCAUCUUCAUCUCGUUCGGCGUGCGCGUCUCCUCCUGGCUCAACCACAUCUUCUCCGCCGUCAGCAUCUGCGUCAUCCUCUUCAUCCUCAUCUUCGGCUUCAUCCUGGCCGACCGCACCAACUGGAGCGAAAAGGAGGGCGGCUUCGCCCCUUUCGGGGUGUCCGGUGUCAUGGCGGGCACGGCCACCUGCUUCUACGCCUUCGUGGGCUUCGACGUCAUCGCCGCUUCCAGCGAGGAGGCCAGCAACCCCCAGAAGGCCGUGCCCAUCGCCACCGCCAUCUCCUUGGCCUUGGCAGCUACCGCAUACAUCCUGGUCUCCGCCGUCCUCACGCUCAUGGUGCCCUGGCACACGCUGGACCCCAACUCCGCCCUGUCCGAUGCCUUCUAUCGGAGAGGCUACAGCUGGGCCGGGUUCAUCGUGGCCGUCGGCUCCAUCUGCGCCAUGAACACAGUCCUCCUGAGCAACCUCUUCUCGCUGCCCCGGAUAGUGUACGCCAUGGCGGAGGACGGCCUCUUCUUCUCCGUCUUCUCCAGGGUGAACCCCGUCACCAAGGUGCCCGUCAUCGCCAUCUUAGUGUUCGGCUUCCUCAUGGCCCUGCUGGCGCUCAUCUUCGACCUGGAGGCGCUCGUUCAGUUCCUGUCCAUCGGCACCUUGCUCGCCUACACCUUCGUGGCGGCCAGCAUCAUCGUGCUGCGCUUCAAGCCCGAGAAGGUCGGCUCCAAGCCGUCGGACGGCGACCCCGAGCCUCACGCGGAGCCCUCGCCCACGGCCCCCGAGCUCCAGGACGGCGGGGAGUUCAAGGAGUACGAGUCCUUCUCGGACAAGCUGCAGCUGGUGGAGAUGCAGAAGAAGAGGCGGGAGCGGCGGGCCGUGGGCCAGCUCAAGGCGUGCUGGGAGCCGUACCUGGGCGGCCUGCUGGGCGACUGCGAGCCCGGCGAGGUGGUGGCCUUCUCCGUGCUGGCGCUCAUGGUGAGCAGCGUCUCGCUGUGCGCCGUGCUUGUGUUCGGCAAUGACCCGCUGCAGCUGCCCACUUGGAGCUUCUCGCUGUUGGAGGGCAUCUUCAGCCUGGCCUUCCUGCUCAGCCUGGGCCUCAUCUGGGUCCACGAGCAACAGCGCAGCACCAAGACCUUCCAGGUGCCUCUGGUCCCCUUCAUCCCGGGUGCCAGCAUCCUGCUCAAUGUGUUCCUCAUGCUGAAGCUCAGCCCGCUCACGUGGGUGCGGUUUACCAUCUGGCUGGCUGCAGGGUUGCUGGUGUAUUUCGGCUACGGGAUGUGGCACAGUAAGGAGGGUCUGCGGGGGCAGCCCCCCCGGGACAUGGCGGCCCGAUACGUCGUCCUCCCCAGCGGCAGCCUGGUGGAGACCCUGCAGGCGGUGCAGCCGGACGCCCAAGGCCCCGCCCAGGACCAGGGGCAGGUGGAUGCCCCGCCUCCUCGCUCGCCCUCCGCCGAGGCCCACGGCACCAAGAGAUGAUGCGCUGAGGAGGACGCUCCCCCCACCCCCGGCUCUCAACACCACCACCUCCUCUUCCUCCUCCUCCUCCUCCUCCUGCUUUCUGUCGCCCGGAAAACGAGAGCCGCUGAAAGCACUGAUAUCUGACCCUCGUGCAUCUGUGAAUCGGGACCCCCGGGUGGCGUGGUGCCGAACGCGUGCGCGGGGUUUCACAAGUCCCCGACGUCACCGCUCCUCCGCUUUUGUCAUUAUUCUCUUUAGUCUCCUGUUUGUGCUGUAUUUGAGCUUUCUCAUUGGCUGCCUUCUCUGUGACCUCACGGAGCGCUCGCUCCCUCGCGGUGCGGGACCCCCCCGCUGGCCGUCGCGCGCUCGUCGCGAGGGCCCCGUGUGCCGUUACGUGUUCCGCGCGGCUGGACACAAAGGGUGGGAAACGGCAGCGCUCCUGGGACCAGGAAGCGGGACGGGAACAGUUCGCGGCGGCGCUACGGCGUAUAACUGCCAACCUCUCCUUCUCGUUAGGUACCGCGCUUGGAAUUGAAAACAAGGUUCUGGUCUUUAUGUGGUAGGGCUCUAAACACACACAGACACACACACACACACACACACGUGCACACAGCCUUCCUGACGCCUCACGAGGGGGUUGGAUGGGCGAACACACGGUCGGGUGUGGACAGCGUUCCUUCCGUACCCCCCGCAGGAUGCUGAUGCAGGUGUGUAGGAAGCCGUUGAGCGGUUUCCAUGGCGACUGAGCUUCGGCCUCCGAGGGUCGUGUUCAGAGAGAAAAUGAAGCAACAAACGGUUUCGAUUCCUGCAUCGACCGCGGUACCACUAUGUCAGCUGUGCCCUGCCCCACAAUGCCAUGUGCUCCUGAGCGACGCGGAGCAGCUUGAAACCCCCGCCCCCCUCCCCCCGUAUGGAGAUAUGAGAGAUUAUUAUCCCCAGAGGAUUGUGGGAUUUCACAGUAAAUCUACUGUAAUGCAGAAUGGACCUCCCUGGGGGGGUAAACCGGUGUGUGUGUGUGUGUGUGUGUGUGUGUGUGUGUGUGUGUGUAAGAUCGAGAUGAGCCUCCCAACACACAGCACCUCUGCCUUCCUUGUCCUUACAGCCCUCGGGCUGCGCUCCACACACAGGAGGAGCUCGGCACAGUUACAAAUGUUUUACUGUAUUUUUCCGUUAUUUUACUAUAUUAUUUAUAGUUAUUACAGCAUAUUAUUUUAGAAGAAGCUUUUUUCCAAAGCAACACUCAUCUCGGAGAAAAACACAGAGUGCAUCUCAUCAGCAGAAGGAGAGAUCUGGAUGCAGACCCAUGAUUCCAGAGUACAGACUAUUAGUCACGUACCACGGUAAAAACCAGCGUACCUCACACGAGUAACUGCACACAGGCUUUUUAUUGAAGAAAUGAUUUUAAAAAGAGCGAAACGCAAAUGACACACACUUCGCUGCCGUGUCUGCGCCGCGUUCGCUUUGAACGAGUCGUCACUCCGUACUUUGUGUGUGUUUUCACCCCGAUCCACGUGUGUCUGGAGCGACGCCUGUUCCCGUCCGCGGGGCCUGUUGGUGCGCACGGAUGGAGGAUGCGAUUGCCGCAUUGGGAGGAGGGGGCUUUUCCCACACGCCACAUACUCGACGUGUGUGUCUCUGUGUGUGUCUGUUGCUCGUCUGCUGGGAACAGCUGUACAAAUUAAAGAGGGAAGAGCGAGACGCUGCGUCCCUGGUGAACCCGAGGUGGUGGGGGCUGGGCGGCCCACUUCCUCACGUGGGCGCGAUAAUCCAUGGGAUUUACUCUGUCCACGGGGGUGGGGGUGACCUCAGUGAGAGACGACUCUGACCCACACAGUCCCCAGUUCGUUGUGUGUGUGUGUGUGUGUGUGUGUGUGUGUGUGUGUGUGUGUGUGGGCGCUCAAAUUAUGUACAUUGACCAGAGAUUAGUAGGCGGAGCCAAAGGAUUUGGAUUUCCGGGAAAAUCUUGCGUGUGUCUCCACCACGUGACAGCAGUGCUGAAAUAUUACAAUAUUUGCGUGUUUUUAUUCCAUGUCGCUAAGAAAUAAACAAAAUAUUCUGCUCUAGGGGCAUAAAUGUGGUAAUUGUGGCAUUUUCUCGUCUCGUCCAGCCGAAUCCUGUACUGAUGCGGAACCAGAGAACAACUUGCAGAACCGGUGGCCUUAAUGACGCUGUCCUUCGUGAAACUGAGUAACUUUUGUAAUGAAACCUGCGCCGCUCACUGACUCGCUAUGGUUUUACACUUUGUUACUCCGUCACAACGCUACCGUUUCGCAGCCGUAAUUUUCCAAACUGACCGCACGCUGCAAACAGUUGGAUCUUUCGCUCCGCGACACGUUUUGUGUGGCCUGGUGGCUCCUGCUUCGCCGCACCUGCGUACAGGUGUGUUAUAGGUAGCAGGUGUGCACAGGUACAGGUUCCAGGUGUGUUACAGGUACCAGGUGUGGCCACAGGACGACGCAGCGCUGCCCGCAGGGCGUGUGCGCCAUGUUCUCACGUGUCUCCGCGUGACACUCGAACCCUCUCUGUUGACACUCGACACGUCCCUCUCGUCUUUCUUGUGCCUCUUUCUACAAGAGACUGUGGUUCUUGGUGACAAAUAAAUGUUUCUAA